CGUGUAAAAGCCACAAGAAUUCAUAAGAAGCAGAAGCAGUGAAGUCACGUGACUCGCCGUUCAAGCCAACGAUCUUAGACCUGAAAGGAGAAAGGAUCAAUCUCUUACCCGUCGAUCUCAGUUGAUAAAUAAGUAGAUGAAUAAAUAAAUAAUCAAAUAGAUAAAUAAAGAGACAAAUCGACAAGUAAAUACACCAGCGUGAGUGCCGAGGCCUACCCCCAAUCCACCGGUUUUUUCCCUCCGCACCUUCAGAAGGCGACCCUCACACCCUGGAGGCGCCGAGAUGGCCAGCGGAGGCAGCCCCGUGAGGCGCCCUGAGGCCCGGGACGCCCCUCGCUGUCCUCUCACGCCCCGCGAAAGGAAGUGACGCGGAGGAACAUGGAGGAGAAGCGGGGUGUUGUCGGGAGGUAGAAUCGGAGGGACAGUUUUUUUCUCGUAUAACGUCUGAGGAAGAGGAGGAGGUGACACUCACACUCUCUCUCUCUCUCACCCUCUCUCUGUGUCUCUGUCUCUUUAGACGAGUUGUGAGUUCGGAGUCAGCGGCCAGCGAGCGACGAGUUGUGUUAAUUUAAAGAGGUUGGAUCCGGGCGCUCGUCGUUAAAAGGCCGCGCAAACAUCGCACGCAAAGUGAAAUCUCACGAGCAACUCUUUUUUUUUUUUUUUGCUCGUUGCCGUUGGAAGUAAUCCCAGUCGUAAUUGUACAGUGACGUUAAUUUAUGUGAAUGGAUGUUAUCUAAUAAUAAGUAAUUAAUAAUAGUAAUAGUAAGUAAAUUAAGUGGAAAGAAGCAAAUCGAUACGUGUGGUCGUGGCUAAAGUCGUUCUACCGGCGAUGGCUCCCUUCUGACGCGUCGUCGCGCCUUCCGCCGAGGACGACCGCCGCGAGUGUGCGAAGGCAGCCCGAGAGCGACGACUCCGUGCCCGCUCGCCUGUCUCAAUGAUCACCAUGGACGACUACCACGACCAGAGGUUCAUCCGGGCUCUCAUGGUCCCACCCGAGAGCCGGACCCUGCAGGACAUGGACCUUAUUUACGGGUGCCUGCGGGGGAUGGAGGCCCUGUGCUGGCUGCGGGAGCCUGCCCUGCGCGCCCUCUGCAGGACGGUCCGCUACGAGAUGCACACGGCCAACGACAUCCUGUACUGCCGCGGGGAGCUGGCCACGUGCUGGUACAUCCUGCUCUCCGGCUCCGUCUUCAUCGAUGGCUCCAUGUUCCUCCCGAGGUCAAGAAGAGACCAGCGCCGUCGAUUCCAUUACGAUCCCAAAAAACGGGCAGCGGACGAUCAGCCCCCGAGGCCGCUGCGCACGCCCUCGUCGUAUCUGCGGCCGGAUAGCUGA